AUGGGAUCCACCACCACUAAAACCACAUCUACCAAGGAGAGAAUCACCCUCGUCGGCGUGCAAGAAACCCUGAUGGUCCCCCUCCUCGCACGCCUACAAGACUUCCAAGACCCCAACUCCCUCUUGCACGACCAAUGGGCGGGCCAGAUCCUCAAUUCUAUCGACUACGACACGACGCGCACCCAAUCUGAUGCGGGUCUCUCGACCAGCAUGCUCCUCCGCGCCCGCCUUCUCGAUGUUUGGACCACUGAAUUUCUCGAUAAAAACCCCGAAGCCACAGUGCUACAUCUCGCUUGCGGCCUUGACAGUCGCCAUCUGCGCGUCAAUUGGGGACGGCCUGGGGUGAGGUGGAUCGACGUCGAUUUCCCGGAUGUCAUAGAUUUGAGGAAGAAGCUUUAUUCGGAACCUGAUACGCACCUGAAAGGGGACUACCGUAUGAUUGCAUCGAGUGUUACGGAUGACGGGUGGUUGGAGGAUGUUCCGAAGGAUCGGCCUACCAUCGCUGUCAUGGAGGGCCUGGUUAUGUACCUCAGCCUAGCAGAGAGUAUGAAGCUGGUUGAACUCAUCGCAGGGAGGUUCCCCAGUGGGGAGGUGGCGUUUGAUGCCUCUGGGGCUAUGCUGGCGAGACUGCAGGCAUGGUUGAAGCCGGUACACAAAACAGGUGCGGUAGUGCAGUGCGGACUGGACGAUCCUAAGAUUAUGGAAGAAUGUGGGGUUACACUGCAGAAUCAGUUGGGUAUGGUGGAUGUGCCUGGGUUUGAGAGGUACCCGUUGGCGUACCGGAUUACGCUGUGGAUUUACUGUUGUCUUCCGUACUUCAAGACUAUGGCCACUUAUCUGAGGUAUAGCUUUUAG